AUGUCACGCCGAAGAACACCUCAGCUCCAGCCAUCCCCCUUCUUCUUCCUCCUCCUCCUCCUAUCCGCCUCCACCGUCUCCGCCCAAGACACCACCCUCGCCUCCGACGGCGCCGCCUACCCGACCGGGACCUGGGCCGGCAGCUACCAGAGCUACUACUUCGUCAGCAUCGCGCUGGUGCUCUGCGCGCUGGGCUUGGCGCUGUACUUCUACAUCAAACGCAAGAAGCAGAACAUCCUGACCAACCGCUACCACGGCGGGGUCGUCCCCGCCGGCCACGGCCCCGCCCGCAUGGUCGACGGCCAACAACAAGCACCCUGGGACGGCGCACACACCCGCCGCCGCUACUGGCAGGGUCGCUGGCGGAUGGACAACGGUGCUGGCCAGAGGAAUAUGGAGGAAGGGCUGAAUGAGCACGGAGAGGCCCCGCCGCCUUAUAUUCCCAAAACGCAGCAGGGUGGCGUGUCGGAGACGACGGCGGCGGCGACACCGGCGACGACGACGACGCAGCAGGGCCCGGCGAUUCCAUUGCAGACGCUCUCGAGGGAUCACGCGGGCCUGAAACCGCCGGACUACUCACCCGCGACGGCGAAUGUGAACGGCGGCGGCAGACCCGUGGAGAGCAGCGUGCGGUUCGCGUGA